UCGUUUGGAGCACUUCACUCGACCCCCUUCCUUGGCGCUCCCCUCCCCCCGUCACUUUCCCCGCUUGCCCGGGUCGCUGCUGCCGCCGCCGCCGCCGCUGCUGCUGAUUCGGGAGGCGGAGGAGGAAGAGGACGCAGUUCCAGCGACUUUGGAAGCACCAGGCGCAGGCUGCAUUGAUUGAUUGACACCUCCCCGCCCCAGUUUUGCGGUGUCCCUCCCGCGCAAAGAGCUUCUCUCUCUUGGAGUUGUUUCAGCGACUGAGCUGUGGACAUCAGGACGAAAAGGGGGAAGCUGACACCCCACUCCCCUAAAAAAAAGAAAAGAAAAACAAUACAGUUUUUGCCUUUUCCUCAAAAAAAAAAAAAAAAACGUCCAAAGGGAGAAAAAGAUCCCGAAGCAAAGGUUGCGGGGUCUUCCCUAUUCUUCUCCCUCCUCCCCGCCUCGUUCCCCACUCCCCGAAGGAAAAAAAAAAUCCCUGGGAGAUGGUGACAUAUGAAGCGAGCCGGGAGGACCAUGGUUGAGAGGACCAGCAAGUUCUUGCUGAUCGUGGCCGGCUCGGUGUGCUUCAUGCUGAUCUUGUACCAGUAUGUGGGGCCGGGGCUGAGUCUGGGGGCGCCCAGCAGCCGCGCCCUGGCCGAUGACCUGGACCUCUUCCCCACGCCCGACCCGCACUACGUGAAGAAGUAUUACUUCCCCGUGCGCGAGCUGGAGCGGGCGCUCACCUUCGACAUGAAGGGCGACGACGUGAUCGUGUUCUUGCACAUCCAGAAGACGGGCGGCACCACCUUCGGCCGCCACCUGGUGCAGAACGUGCGCCUUGAGGUGCCCUGCGACUGCCGGCCCGGCCAGAAGAAAUGCACCUGCUACCGGCCCAACCGCAGGGAGACCUGGCUCUUCUCCCGCUUCUCCACCGGCUGGAGCUGCGGUCUGCACGCCGACUGGACCGAGCUCACCAACUGCGUGCCGGGAGUGCUGGACAAACGGGAGAACGCGGCACUCAAGACGCCAAGAAAAUUCUACUAUAUUACGCUGCUGAGAGACCCCGUGUCCCGCUACCUCAGCGAGUGGCGGCAUGUUCAGCGUGGGGCCACCUGGAAGACCUCACUGCACAUGUGUGAUGGGCGGACCCCAACACCUGAGGAGCUGCCCCCUUGUUACGAAGGCACAGACUGGUCAGGCUGCACCCUGCAGGAGUUCAUGGACUGCCCCUACAACCUGGCCAACAACCGCCAGGUAAGGAUGCUGGCCGACCUGAGCCUGGUAGGCUGCUACAACAUGUCCUUCAUCCCUGAGAACAAGCGGGCGCAGGUCCUUCUGGAGAGUGCCAAGAAGAACCUUCGGGACAUGGCUUUCUUCGGCCUGACGGAGUUCCAGAGGAAGACCCAGUACCUGUUUGAAAGGACUUUCAACCUGAAGUUCAUCCGGCCCUUCAUGCAGUACAACAGCACCCGGGCCGGCGGCGUGGAGGCAGACAGUGAAACCAUCCGGAGGAUUGAAGAGCUGAAUGACCUCGAUGUGCAGCUCUAUGACUAUGCCAAGGACCUCUUCCAGCAACGGUACCAGUACAAGCGGCAGCUGGAGAGGAUGGAGCAGAGGAUUAAAAAUCGAGAGGAAAGACUUCUCCACAGGUCCAGCGAGGCCCUUCCCAAGGAAGAGGCAGAGGAGCAGGGACGUUUGCCCACUGAAGACUACAUGAGCCAUAUUAUAGAGAAGUGGUAGCCCAGGGGAGCCUUUUCUACUUGACAGCGCCCAAGAAUUCUCAUGGGGGGGAUCGUAUGGUUGUAUGACAGAAGCCCACAAAACUUUAUUUAAAAAAUCCCAAGUCUGUUUAACAGAAAGUAGAUGUGUCUGAAAAAUACACAACAGGGGGGAGGGAGAGAGGGAGUGGGGAAGUGUGGCUUUUUACUGUUUCUACAAGGCCAGGCGUUCUUUAAAAAUAAAUAAAGGAAAAUUUUAAAUGGG